CGACCCCUCUUCCGGUCCGCACGAGGGGGCGGGGCCGGGGCGGGGCCGGGCUCACCCGGAAAGAAAACAAACGGCGGCCUCUGCAGCAUCCGGGCACUCAGCCGGUCGAGGCGGACCCGGUGGUGGCGCAGGAUGGCGCAGAAGAAAUAUCUUCAAGCAAAACUGACCCAGUUUCUAAGGGAAGACAGAAUUCAACUUUGGAAACCUCCAUAUACUGAAGAAAAUAAGGAAGUUGGUUCAGCCAUAAAGGACCUUGCUAAGAAGUACUCUGAGCGGCUGGAGUGCUGUGAAAGUGAAGUGGAAAACAUAAUCGAAGAAAUCCGAUGCAAAGCAAUUGAGCGUGGCACCGGGAAUGAACACUACCGAGCAACUGGGAUUGCCACGAUUGAGGUGUUCCUGCCUCCAAGGCUCCGGAAGCAGGAUAAGAAAAGCUUGUUGGAGACCCGCUUACACGUCACUGGUAGAGACCUGAGGUGUAAAAUAGCUGAAACUUUCGGAUUUCAAGAAAAUUACAUCAAGAUCGUAAUAAAUAAGAAACAGCUUCAACUAGGGAAAAGCCUUGAAGAACAAGGAGUCACUCACAAUGUGAAGGCGAUGGUGCUAGAACUGAAACAGUCUGAAGAAGAUGUGAGGAAAAACUUACAGCUAGAGGAAGAGGAACAGAACGAGGCCGAGCUGAAGGAGAAACGCAUUCAGAGGACCAAAAGGGGACUGGAGAUCCUGGCGGAGAGAGCUGAGAUGGUGGUAGAUCCGGAAACGACGCCUUACUUAGACAUUGCGAACCAGACAGGCAGGUCAAUCAGGAUUCCCCCUGCGGAAAGAAAAGCCCUUAUGUUAGCUAUGGGAUACCAUGAGAAGGGCAGAGCUUUCCUGAAGAGAAAAGAGUAUGGAAUAGCCCUGCCGUGCCUCCUGGAUGCUGACAGAUACUUCUGUGAGUGCACAGAGCUGCUGGACACUGUGGACAACUAUGCAGUCCUCCAGCUGGACAUCGUGUGGUGCUACUUCCGCCUGGAACAGCUUGAAUGCCUUGAUGAUGCAGAGAAAAAGCUGAACUUGGCCCAGAAGUGCUUUAAAAACUGUUAUGGAGAGAAUCACCAGCGACUGGUCCACAUAAAAGGAAAUUGUGGGAAAGAGAAGGUGUUGUUUUUAAGACUCUACUUGCUUCAGGGAAUCCGAAACUAUCACAGUGGAAACGGAGAGGAGGCUCGGGAAUACCUCAACAAGGCACGGCAGCUCUUUAAAGAGCUCUAUAUCGACCCAUCAAAAGUUCACAACUUGUUACAGUUGGGGUUCACUGCCCAGGAAGCACGGCUGGGCCUGCGGGCCUGUGAUGGGAACGUGGACCAUGCAGCCACUCACAUUUCCAACCGCAGAGAGGAACUGGCCCAAAUUCGGAAGGAAGAGAAGGAGAAGAGGAGACGCCGUCUGGAAAAUAUCAACACUUUGAGAGGAAUGGGCUACUCUACACGAGCUGCCAAACAAGCCCUUCACCAGGCCAGAGGCAACCUGGAUGAUGCCCUGAAGAUUCUUCUCAGUAACCCCCACAUGUGGUGGUUACAGGACUCAGACCCUGAAAACAACAGCCGUCAAGCAAGUCCAUCCCAGGAAAGCAUUGACCAGCUGGUGUACAUGGGCUUUGACACAGUGGUGGCUGAAGCUGCACUGAGGGUGUUUGGAGGCAAUGUUCAGCUGGCAGCUCAGACCCUUGCACACCAUGGAGGAAGCCUCCCUCCCGACCUGCACUUCUCAGGAGAGGACUCCUCCCCCACACCGUCUACGCCGUCCACAUCCCCGUCUGACUCUGCAGGGACCUCUAGUGCCUCGACAGAUGAAGACAUGGAGACAGAGGCUGUCAAUGAAAUCCUGGAGGACAUUCCAGAGCACGAGGAGGACUACCUGGACUCCACGCUGGAGGAUGAAGAGGUCAUUAUCGCUGAAUACUUGUCCUACGUAGAAAGUAUAAGUUCUGCCGCAAAGAACAACUGAUGAGUGCUACGUUUCUGCUAUAAAUUCUGUCGUUGUGAAUGGU